AUAGACCUCUUCAUAUGUUUCCUCAUAUUCCUCUCUUGCCUCUUCGAGCGCCUCCUCUUCGCUGCUAGACGCGUCCGAGUCCUGCGCGGCAAGUUGCGCCUGCUCGUACUCUUGACGAGCUUCUAGGACAUCCUCACGGUCGCUAGAAGACACAGAGCUUCCAUCUGCGGUCUCAUCUGGUGGCAGACCUACAGGAGGAGGAGCCGUGGCGCUACUAUCUGCUGCCGCCGCGUGUUUUUCAUCGUCAGAGUCGUCACCUUCGUUAGCCAUGUUAGCAAAUUUCAAAUCAACAAAUCGAGUAGGUAUAGGAAGGAAUAAGCUGGGAUAUUUGAUGACCGACCGAGUGCAUGUCCAAUAAGCGCACCACCAACAGCUCCAACAGCAAGACCACCUGCUGCGCCCAUCAUCAUCUUCUUCUUGUCAUCCUUGUCCGAGUUGGGGUCUUUCGCCUGUCCCUGUGGAUAGUAGCCUGCUCCCGCCGGCGGGGCCAUUCCAGGGUUCUGUCCGCCAUAGUACGGAUCGGGUUGUGGAUAAGCCCCUGUCGCUCCCCCGUAGUGAGGUACCUGGGGAGGCGGGUACUGGCCGUAGGGGGCGUUGUUAGAGGGCGGCUCCCACCGAGAAAUGCCGGUAGCCUGUUCGAUAUAGUACCAGCGCUGGCUGGUUUGGUCGAACUGGGCCACCCAACCGGGAGGCAGAGGCGGGCCUGCUUGUGGGUUCAUCGGCUGCUGAGGAGGAGCAUAUUGGCCGGGCGCUGGGUAAGGUUGGCCAUAAGGCUGAGGAGCAUAGUUUGGGUCGUAGGCAGCUUCAGCCACAGACGAUCGAUCCAUGCUGGCCCUCGGCUUCCUUCUCCUUGUGCUUUUCUUUGUCCUUGUCGUCGCCUGUGAGCGAGGCCUUGAGAUCCUUGAAGUCCUUGGCAAGGUCCUUGAGGAACGACAUGUUGGGCGUGGGGAUGAGAGGGAGAACUUUGAGGAGAGUCACUUU